AAGAGCUCCGAGGAACCAUUCCAUGGAACGUUCAACCCGCGUCUCUUAGCUUGACGCUAACGAUAAGACGUCGCCAUGACUGACAUUCAGUGUAAGCGCCGUUCUGCCUUUGGAGUCGGGGGCUUAUUGGACGACAGACGGCGCUCCGACGUACCAAGACUGGUGUACGUGAGCCGGUACUCUGCUUGUGCACCGAAGCGGACUCCCUGCUACUGCUUCAUCGCAGAGCCCAGGAGGUACUCCGCGCCAAGUGGCGAGGCUAAAUUGAUGUCCAAUAAGCAGUGGUUGCCAUCCUUGGAAAAAAGCGAGCAGCCGCAGCCAUCGUCCGUCGUAGUUUCCCCGAACAAUAGCAACCUCCACCAAACAACAGCACCACCACCACCUCCACCACCGCAGUCAUCACCGCCAGACGGUCAUAGUCCCAACGCCAAUGGUGGCAGCCAUCACCCGCAACACACCAGCAAUGGCUUCACAACACGCUCAGCGCCCAACGCUGCCAGCAAUGUCAUCGCCGAUGCAAGCCCUGGUCGGCCGCCCCCAGCAACAGGGAGUAGCCCCGCAGGGAGUCGCCACAGUUCCAGUUCGGGUCCAAGCCCCGGCCCUAGUCAAGCGGGUGUUGGAGAAGUACGGCGUGACAGUAUGCUGCUUAUGCUUGAGGGUCGUCAGCAGCGUCAGCCUUCUACGCCGACGGCGCCAGUGGCGUCGCCAACGGCGGCGGCUUCUUCACCCGUCGUCCGGACGUCUCAGGGCUCGGGGGCUCCAGGUUCCCCUCAAGAGGGCAGCACGGCGCCUUCCACGGAGGGACACGGGAAGCAUGACAAGGACUCCAAGACCUGCUGCUUCUGCUGGUGUUGUUGCUGCAGUUGUUCAUGGCGGGGAUCCAGGCCUGUCUACACGAGUUUACAGAAACCGGUCAAGUUGUCCAGCUUGGCGGUCAAAAGCAACAAUGGCAAUGUCAGGUCGGCGAGGGAAAACAACCAGAAGCUAACUAGUGGCGAUAAUUUUUUAAACGGGGACGGCGAUGCGCUACCUACGGUUGAAGAAAUUCGGUCUUGGGGAGAUUCUUUUGAGAAACUGAUGAAAUGCUCAGCUGGACGUAAGGUGUUUAGGGACUUUUUAAAAUGUGAAUACAGCGAGGAGAAUAUACUGUUCUGGCUGGCCUGCGAAGACCUCAAGAAAGAAUCCAACCCGGAUGUUAUAGAAGAGAAAGCUAGGAUGAUUUAUGAAGACUACAUUUCCAUUCUUUCGCCAAGGGAGGUGAGCCUGGAUUCCCGCGUGCGUGAAAUCAUCAACCGCAACAUGGUCGCACCGACGGCGCACACUUUCGACGAGGCUCAGCUGCAGAUCUACACGCUCAUGCACCGCGACUCGUACCCGCGGUUCGUCAAUUCCCCGCUCUACCGAAAGAUGGCGCAACUGCCUUCCCCGUCGCGCAAGGGCAGCGCCGCGUAGGCUCAACCGCCCGCCCUCUACGAACAAAUGCACACAGUGUGUGUGUGGCUCCAUCUGACGACAAACUCUAAGAACGGCUAAGAACUCGGGGCAAGCAAGCAGCACAAGUUCAUUUCUUGCUGACCAUUACCAUGCGUACCUGAUCACCCCCUUUUCCCCCUCACCCUUAUCUCUCUAUCUACUAUCUCUUUUUCGAGCGCCACCGCAGCCAAGUAACAAGACUUUUUGUUUUGUUUUCUUCUUCUUUUUGCUAGCUGUUCGUUGGCUGAUGAGAGGAGGAGGAGGAGGACGAGAGGACUUUUAAUGCCGUAACGAGUUAAUAAAGGCGUUGAAUGAAGUGCGUUUCCUCAAAAAAAAAAAGAUUUUAAACGGAUUUUGAGUUUACGAUGAAAUACUUUUACCGUGUGUAUCUGCUUUCGUUGUCUCUACGCUCGAGGUUUUUUUUUAGUAAUAUGAAUUUUAAUUUUACGUCUCGUUAAAUCUGAUUUAAUUAUUGUUGUGAACUCAUUUACGGAGUUCAGUUCGGGCUACGGAGUCAGUUUAGGUGUAAUUUUGAUUUCAAAGGGCCUUUCUAUACAAUUUUUUCUUAAAUAACCGUUACUUGCUAAAUUUUAGAGUUUAGGAAGUUAUCUCGAAAUGGGCGAGCACUAGAGGUAGUAAAAUGCGCUAUCUGAUACUGAUGAAUCAAGAAACGUCUCUAUCAGUUUGCCAACAUACUUCAAUCGGUAAGCAUCAUACAACGUAAAAAAAACAGGCUCCUAAUCAACACAGUUUAGAAAAAAACGCGGUUGAUUCUCCAUACCCUCCUCUCGGCCUAACGUGAGCAAAAAGAGAAAAAGAAUAUAAACGCAUCAACAACAUUCCCUUUCCGGCACCCUUUCCCACAAGCCAAGCAACGCAAAGCAAAAGCUAACAAGCAAAGAAGAAACAAGAAAAAGAAAAAAACACUUAGCAACAAGCUACAGCUAAGAGACAAGCAACCAGUGGAAGAGUAAAGAAACAUACGCGCCACUGCGCGAGUUCGUCUUCUUCUUCUUCUUCUUCAUCAUCUCUCAGCAUCAUCUUCUGAAUAUCCCUCUUCUGCCAGUGUUUGUUAUGAUUUGGUGACGAAGAAUGGAACGAAAUCGAAACCGAAACUCGUAACCGCUGUGGUGACGUCAUCGACAGCUGUGUCGUGUGCUCCAAUCGGAUCCACGAUAUAUAAAUACAUAUAUAUUCCUCCUUCAAAAUGGCGGAGGAUUUUACUGCAUUUCGAGUGGGACACGAUCAAUGGACAACACUUCGCUCCUCGUGAGCGUGCGUGCGUGCGUGCGUGCGUGUGCGUUUCUUCAGUUAUGUGUGUUUAUUUUUCUGAAAUUCCCGUUGAAAUGGAGAGGGAAAAGUACUAUGGACCCACCUCCUUUUUCUCGCUCCGCCACCUCCUCAGUUCCGCUGUGUUUCUUUUUUGUUUUUUGUUUUUUUGCUCGUUCACGGUGCACUAGAUUUGACUGUGUAAUUGCACGUUGUUCCGAUUGUGCGACAUAUUUAUUACUGCGCAACAACGCAGGUGCGACACAGCCGAGACGAAAAAAAAGGGAAUAAAAAUCAAUUCCUCUUCCCCCAAAAGAAAAAGAAAAGUCAGAUGUGAGGUCUUGCUAGUGACGUGGCCUAUACUUCUACGUUAUUGUGACAGGAAGGUCCACGUAACGGCGUAUUUUACUUUUUACUUUUAAAAAUAAUUUUAUUAAUAUUUAUAAUUAUAAUAAUAAUUUCGAAUUAAUAUUUUAUUAGUAAGUUAACAAACACUCGUUCUCACCGAUUAUGUAUAACAAUGUUUCAUAAAGUAGUGGAAAAAGAAAAAAAAAUUAUAUUGCGUGCAUAAUCGAAAAGUGAAAACUUAGGAAAGCACGUCAGAAUUUUAACGGUACUGAGGGUACCAAUUACACGAAGGAUACUUUACGUACAGCUAACGUUUAGCUGCUUUGACAAGACAAGCAUUUUUUUAACGCACAAUUCGUGUGCUCGAAAUUUAAAUAAAGACACCGAAGUACUUCGUCCACACAGGAGGUACUCCAGGUACUUGUCCCUCUUCACAAUACUUUUCGUCAACCACACCUGACUGGAAGCGAUGUUACUAAUUUCCCCGUCUUCGUGAUCUUUAGUUCGUAAGCAAUAACGGUAGUGUAUUUGAGUGUACAGAGGGAAAAUGGUGACUGUGAGAGCAGUAGUUCCGUUUCUUGACGCGUAGCGGCGCUGUCUUUUUUUUCUUUUUUUUUUUUUUUGUUUUCGUUUUUGCUCGGUGUGAUGAGCACACACGUGUGGACUUUGACGUGUGAAAAAUUUGCACAUUGUCGGUGAGUGAUCGAUGUUCAGUUUUUGACCGAGGUGCACAUUCGCUGGUUGCUUUGAGAAAAACAAACCAGCUCUGUCUGUUUUACGUGUUGAGUGUUGCACGGUCGGUUUUGUAGGUUCCAAUUUCUUUGAUCCGAGAAGGAAGUAUGUGUGUGUGUCUGUGGCCGGGGCAUCGAUGCAGUGAGCGCGAUCUGAUACUGUUUGUCUUCGUCUAGCGUUACUCGAUCGAGCGUUAUCGAUCAUAUAAUUCGCAUUAACUCGUUAUGCAAAAUGUCGAAUUUGAACAUUUAAAAAGAGUCAUCCUCGUGGCAUUAGAAAUGAAUAAAAAAAAAGAAGAAGAAGAAAAAACAGAGCCAGGCCCAGAGCUGGAAAUUUAGUAUACGAGAAAAUUGUCUGGUUUCUUAAAGGUCUGCUUUCCUGACAUAAUUUAGGGCUUCCUGUUUUAACGUCAUUUUUUUUUUCGGCGUUUUCCUUUGAAUGUUUUUUGUGAACGGGACAUUCUUCACCUUGUAUAGAGGCACGUAUAAGCUUAUUACCAAAAGAGUUAGAACGAUUUUUUUUUAUGUCACAUUUUGUUGAUGGAGCCUAGUCAACUUGGUAUUUAUUUUCAGCCUUUUUCGCGGACGCGGUUCUGAGUUUUGCAUCUAGUCAGUGGAGAACUGCAGUACUUACUUUGACUGUAAGCAAGAGUAAGUUUUGGUCAUGUCUAAAAAGACAAGUCACAAUGGCGUAUAACAUUCGCAAAAAAAAAAAGAAAGAAAGAAAGGAAUUUUAAAAAAUUGUAUAAAGAAAAUGAAAUGUAAAUGGGCCGUUUCCUGCACAAAACGAUUUUUAUGAGUGGCACUAU